GCCUCCCGCCCUUUUCACUGAAUUUAAAAGCGCGUCUCGCGUGCGGUAGUUUGCGGCGCAUCUUUACGUUGCAGAAAGAUCGGGUCUGGCUGAACUGCGUUCCUUUGUCAUUUAAUUUUCAGGACGGAGUGGAUGGUGGAGCAGUGCGCGCGUGCGCCAGUCCCCUGCUUUGCCCACUGGCUCCCGGACUGAGGAACUUCGACCGUUUUAUAUUUUUUCUUUCUGAUUACAUUAAUGCCAUCCCUGAAGAUGUAUUUACUCUGCAUAAAAGUAAAAAGAGGGAAACUGAAUGGACCGCCUGAUAAAUUCAAUGUGUAUGUUACAGUAGAAGUCCAGAAUUUAAAGAGCAUUACUGGACCGAUAAGAGGCAAUGAGCCAUCAUGGGAACAAGAUUACAUGUUUGAAAUUAAUAACUUGGAAAAGGGUCUUUUUGUGGAAGUGUGGGACAAAGGGUUUGUCUGGGACACACUUCUGGGCUCUGUGUGGAUUCCUCUUAUGAGUGUCGAACAUGGAACUAAGGAGGGCCCAGGAAAAUGGUGGCUCUUGAACAGUGUUGUCAUAAUGGAAGGAGCUGAAGUCUGUGGGGUUGAAAAUCCAACACAUCACAAGAUUCUGUUGGAUACCUACUAUGAACUGCCGACAGAGAUUCCGGAGGAUGAAGCUGAUUUUCUAAUACAAAGACUUCUGGCAUUACAUGUAGGUAAAGACACAGAGUGUUCUGGAGAUGAUGCUGAGGACGAAAUGAACCACAAGGAUGCCAAUGAACACCCACCAUUGCAUUCUUUGGCUGAGUGUCCUUUUGAAGACCUAGAUGAUGACUACUGUGGCGACCACAGCCCCCCGCACGCCCUGCCGCAGCGGAGUACUCACGCAAAGCUCACAUGGGCUAAACGACAUCGCCGAAUGGAGGCACAACAGCAGCGCAGGGAUCAGGAGGAAGAGAACCAGGUCCUCAUCUGGAGGAAGGACCUAGAAUCUUGCUCUGUGUGUGGCAAUGCUCUCAGUUUGCAGAAGUCCUUGGGGAUCCAAACUCUGGACAAAGACAAGAUGGACAGCUACCCAGUGGAGAGUGCAACAUGCCAUUGUUCCCAACUGGAGCAUCUAACUUCCCAGGCCAGCCUUUCGGAGGCCGUCGCCGGCUACGUUCCAGUCGUCUCCGAGGGAAACACUGACCCCACCGCCGCCUCCCCCUCCAAAAGCUCCGCCCCACUGUCUGCUGGCUCCCCUGCUCCUGCCCAGAAGACUGAGGAGCAGCCCGCUGGGGUGUCCUGCAUGGAUGAGGCUGAGCCUGGGGUCCCCUGUGGCACUGCAAACCGUCAGGAGCUCAGAGUGGAGAGUGGUGUGUGCAGCACAAGCCAGGCUUCCAGCAGGUGGACCACAGCUCUUCAGAAGCAUAUUUCUGGAGACAUUGUAAAUAUUUAGUGUGUACGCACCAUGUUUUAGACUCACUCGCUGUAUUUUUUGGUCACAGUGUAUUGUAGGUAAAGGUAGAAGUAAUAAGUGAG